UAUUGACAUCUUCACAGACACACACACAAAGACAAACAUAGAUUUAAAAGCCCAACAGUCAGCGGCUCUCACACUAAACACAACACACCGACUCUGAGCUGAAGAUGUUGCGCAGGACUCUGACCAGCGUCGGACUGCGACUGAACCCACAGCAUGGCACAGGGAUGGGGGCAUCGACAGCGGGACUGGGCCCGGACUCCCACCGACGAUAUGUGUCCAGCUCCGCCGCCCCCAGCAGCAGCAGCAGCAGCAGCAGCUCCGUGGUGGGAGCCCCCAACAAACUGAAAGCCAUGGAUGAGCUGCACGGACCCAAUCUCUUGACCAACCUGUACUGGCUCUUUGUGAAGGGAUACUUCCAGACGACUCAGCAGAUGCAGAUCGAGCACCGCAAGAUCUACGGUCCGCUGUGGAAAUCGGAGAUUGGUCCUCUGACCGUGGUGAACGUGGCUCAGGCGGACCUGAUAGAGCAGGUAUUGAGGCAGGAGGGGAAACAUCCGAUCCGGACCGACAUGCCCCACUGGAGGUUGUACCGAGAGAUGGGGAACCAGGCCUAUGGACCCCUGACUGAGAUGGGGGCCAACUGGCAGCGGACCCGCAGUAUCCUGAACCCGCGGAUGUUGAUACCCAAACACGUUUCCUCCUACACUAACACCAUCAACGAGGUGGUGACUGACUUUAUCGACAGACUGGCCUGGGUGAGGGAGAAAGACGGCCAGGGAGUUAUGGUCAAUAAUCUGACGGAGGAACUCUACAAUUUUGCAUUUGAAGGUAUCUGUUCAGUGUUGUUUGAGACACGUAUGGGCUGCUUGAACGAGGUGUUGCCUGAGGAAACCAAAAAGUUCAUUACCUCCGUUGGGGAAAUGUUCCACCUCUCGCAGGUUGUGAUCCUCUUCCCCAAGUCCGUGUGGCCGUACCUUCCUGCUUGGAAACGGUUUGUGGCGGUCUGGGAUCACCUCUUCAAAGUCGCUGGGGAGUUGGUGCAGAAGAAAAUGGAGGAGAUCCAGGAGAAGGUGAAGCUGGACCAGCAGCUGGAGGGAGCGUACCUCACACACCUGCUGUUCAGUGACAAGAUGACGAUCCCUGAGAUUCUGGGAAGUAUGACUGAGCUCCUACUGGCAGGAGUCGACACGACCUCCAACACUAUCUCCUGGGCUCUGUACCACUUGGCAAAGCUGCCAGAGAUCCAGGAACAGUUGUACCAGGAAGUGAUAGGAGUUUGCCCCGGAGACAAGAUGACGUCCAGUGCGGACAUCGCUCAGAUGCCAUACCUGAAGGCCAUCAUUAGGGAGACGCUACGGAUGUAUCCAGUGGUGCCAGGAAACGCCCGCGUCAUUGCUGAAGAAGAUGUUGUAGUGGGAGAUUAUGUCUUCCCCAAAAAUACGUUGUUUCACCUGUGCCACUACGCUGUGUCCUAUGAUGAGAGUGUCUUUCCCGACCCUCACACCUUCAGACCACAGCGAUGGCUCCGUGGAGAGGUGGAGAAGGUCAAGCAUCACCCUUUUGGGUCGGUGCCGUUCGGUUUUGGGGUCCGGGCGUGUCUGGGUCGACGAGUGGCAGAACUUGAGAUGUAUCUCCUCUUGUCCAGGUUGAUAAAGAGAUACGAGGUGAGGCCGGACCCCACUGGACAGACGGUGAAGCCCAUCACCAGAACCCUGCUCUGCCCUGCUAAACCAAUCAACCUGCAGUUUCUGGACAGGAGGCGCUAGAGGGAGGAGUUUCUCUGGGAGGUGGUUUAGUAUUCACUUGGUGUCACCUGCCUGUCACCGGACACCACGGCUCAGAUACAGAGAACUGGCUGCGUGGAAUGUGCCAAAACUUUGACUUCGAAUAUAUUCUGACUGGAGAAAUAGCUUGAAAAGUAGAGAAUAAAAUGCAGUGUGUAUAGAGAUUUUAAAAGUGUUAUGGAGAUUAUGAUGUCCUUGACUUUGAGUGAAAGGUUUCCUUUAGGUUCCACAACACAAAAAUAGAUCAAUUUAACCUUUUCAGCAGAAAUCUGUUGGUACUCUAUAUUUUCAUUGCUGUCCACAAACCCCGCGAGAAACUUUGAAUAGUUUCCAACUAUCAGAUCAACUUAAAAUUAAGUUGAUUUAAAUGUUUAACUUUUCCAAAAAAGUUGGCAAAUGGAAACGACACCCAGACAGUGGACAUGUGCUGGGUCUACUUUCAGCGACGGAGUAAUCCACAUUUGAUCCUGUAGAUCAAAGCAGCAGUUAUAAGUAACUGUAUUUAGUUACAGUUCCAAUUUUAAUCAGUGGGAAUCUAAAUACUUUACAUUUAUCAAUAGAUUAAAUAAUUUCAUGACUUUUUACUAUUGUAAAGGUUCAUAAUUAAAUCUGAUAUUUAGAAGAGUUUAAGUGGAAUGUUUAGUUAAAUAUUGCCCCUCCAGCUACUAAAUGUUCCAAGUUAUUAGCAUGAUGAGCCUGUUAGCUUUGUCAGCUGUAGCCAGCGUGCUAUACAUCAAACUGACGAUACGGUGGAGUUUUUUUUACAAAAUGCAUGAUGUUUAUUAAAAGUUUACCCACUCAUUUCUAUGCACUAUUAUGAAUACCAACCUAAGUGUGUGGGAACAUUUAAACAUCUGUAUGAGCCUACAUUAUCUACGAUCUACGUUAUCUCCGAUCUACGUUAUUUAUAUCUUUUCAAUGAUGUUGUGAAAAAACAGAGGAUGUACGAACUACCUUUUUCUCAUAUUAUUUUUAUUUCAAGACGAUUCGUUUAAGGCAACAGAGUGAAAAAAAAUUGCUCUAUGUAAGUAUAAAAGUCAUUUAUUUUUAUUUUCAUGCGUUUUAUUGUUUUUCCCUUUUUCAAAAACGCUAUGAAAAAUAAAAGUUUACAAAAACCUACAUCUUCAUCAUAUUUUUACAAACUAAAGAUCCCAAAAUACCUUUUUAUUCAAAUUUAAAUAACUUGUAAUUCUCUGGAAUAAACAUUUCUUAAUUAUAUUUAAUUUGCAACAUUUCCACAAAUCGUUCGUAUUAAAUGGUAAAGUAUGCAGUAAUAUAUACAUAAUACUGACUUUGAAAAUCUAAUUUUUACUGUUAUUUUGUUUUUCUAAAUGCUGUGUUGUUAUUGUCAGAUGUCUUAAUAGCAGUGGACCAAUGCUGCCCUCCGGUGGAUUGUUAUGACACUACAUAGCUUAUCAAUGUGCUCAUCCAAUUCCCUUUAUACAUAUAUAACAGUGACUGUGUGAUUAUAACUUAAUUGUUCGUUUCCUUUUUGUAUUUAUUUUAUUUUAGGGUGCAUAAUUAGAAAAGGACUUGUCGUGGAAAUUUAUCAUGAGAUUUGAAAUAAUGAGUUUCUCCGACCUGAGUUGCCUUAGUCUUAAUUAUUAGCUCUGCAGAGGGUUACACAGCCAGCAACAUGGCUCAGACUGGAACCACGAGAAGUUAAAAAGAAAGGUUUAUAUACAAUGUGAUAGACAGGACACAAAACAGAAAGCAGACUUGACCAUCUGCUGUCUGCCAUCACUGUUACAAAGGGGUAUCAGGCUUUAUGCAAAUUGUAGCUGUGAUAGCUGUGAUGUAAUUAACAUUCACAGAGCUUUAAGAAAAGAAGGCCGUCAGGGGGUCCAUGGCAUUAAAGGUGUCGUGAGUUUAUUGUCUGUUUACCAGAUCUGGGCCACUAGUGAGCGACAGCAAAACUCCCUGUCAUCCAAACAUGACAAUUCUGACCCAAAUUAGACCCUAAAUAUUCCCCCGUGCUUUGACCACCAAGUGUUUACCAGAAAAAAGGCCCUACAUUGGUUCUGGGAAAUUUAGGCCAAAUUUAAUGUUUUCCAAGUUGUCCGGGCCCCAGAAGGCCACAAAUGCCACACCAAUAUCUGUCGUGUCCCUCAUCCGUGUGAUCUGGGAGGAGCAGGUCUCAACACCUGUCUGGAUGUAACACAAAUGUGGUAUCACACAGUGCUAGACAGGAAAAGAGAGGGCUCACUUCCUCAAAUGUUCAUUUACUUCCUAAUGGGAUACAUCACAGACUUUACUGAUUUAACAUGAUGAGUUUAUAAAAUAUGAAGCAAUGUUAUAGAUUCUCUGGGAACUACUUUAGACCAAGUAUAAUAGAAGGUGGUUGCAGCAGGGUCUGCAAAAAAGAGACGGGGGGGGCCCAGGGAGCGGCUGAUUACAAUCAAUCAGCUUACGAGACUGCAACGACACCACGGUUAGUAACCCCCCGAAUGAGGCCCCAUGCCACCAACAUUCUUCUUAAUUUCAGAGUUUUGGAUGAACACGUCUAAAUGUGUGUAUGACGUGUUUGGAGAGGUUGUGACCGGGGUUUGUAAUCCUUUAAACUUUUCUGCUGUAUUGCUAUUUAUGUGCACAGUAUGUACUUUGUUUGACUUAUUGAUAUUAAAAGAACCAAUUCAUGAUUGGAAUGAUGUG